CCAAACCACACCCUACCCUCUCCCCCUCCUUUCAGGUGGAGGGUGUAAAUGGAUUUUGGGACGAACUUGAAGUCAGGUGCGAUGCAGACUCGCAGCUCAACACUUGGUGGUUUGGAACAGCACUUAAUGUGGCGGACCCUCCGCGCGAACGGAAGGGUAGUGUGUGUAGGGGGCGGUUUGGAAUUGGACCUAAAGAGUUACAUUUAAGCGGGAAGUGUAAACUCCCAGAGCAGGGUGGGGGAGGCUUUUGCUGAAACGAAACUCAACCAGGAGUUCAGGACAAGCUUUCAAAGAGCACAGCUGCUUUUUAACCUGCUACUUUACAGAAAUGGCCACUGCCAGUAGUCUGAUGUCCGAGGAGAAGUUCCGAUGUGCUGUCUGCCUGGAAGUGUUCACUAAGCCAGUUACAACGCCAUGUGGACACAAUUUCUGCUCUGCAUGUAUCUACAAGUAUUGGGAUGGCAAUGAUAUUUGCAAGUGUCCACUGUGCCAAAGAACAUUCUCUCAAAGACCUGAACUACACGUCAACACCUUUGUGUCUGAGUUAGCUGCAGAGUUUAAGACGUUAGUUCAAAUCAAAGCCUCAGCAGCAGACCCCACACUUCCUGGAACAGCAGCCGUUCUUUGUGAUGUCUGCUCUGAGAUGAAGGGAAACGCAGUUAAAUCCUGCCUGACGUGUUUAAUGUCUUUCUGUGAAGUGCACCUCGAGCCACACCAGAGAGUUGCUACUAUCAAGAGCCACACACUGUUAGACCCGGUGAAUAAUCUUGAAGACAGGAUGUGCAAAGUGCACAACAAGAUAACAGAACUGUACUGUAGGACUGACCAGGCCUGUGUUUGUGUCUUGUGUAUAAUAAUCCAUCACAAGACUCACGAUGUUGUCCCGAUAGAGGAAGAAUUUGAAGUAACGAUGGCAAAAAAAGACGAGACCAUAGCAAAUCUCAAAAAGAUGAUACAAUCCCGGUCCGAGAAGAUUGCUGAGAUAGAAAGCUCAGUUGAUGAGAGCCAGAAAGAAGCAGAGAGAGAGAAAGAAGCCAGUGUGCAGGUCUUCAGCGACUUGAUCAGAUCCCUUCAGAGAAACCAGGCGGAGCUUGUUGAGGUGAUUGAGGAGAGGUUCAGAGCAACAAAGCAGAAGGCUGACGGCUUUCUCACAGAUCUGAGGAUGGAAGUUGCUGAUCUCCAGAGCAGGAGCAUCCAGCUGGAGCAGCUGUCACAGUCGGAGGAUCACUAUCAAUGUGUUCAGACUUUCCAAACCCUGUGCUCUCCUUUAAACAAGGACCGGACCAACGUCGGUGUCCACUGCCAUCUGUCCUUCCAGGCAGUGAGAGGUGCUGUGGGUCUGCUGAAACAGAACACUGAUCAGAUAGUGGAGGAGCUUCAAAAUGAGAUCAAGAUGAAAAGAAUGAGAGAACAUGCAGUGGACUUGACCUUUGACCCUGACACAGCACAUUGCUCACUGAUCAUAAGCCAGGAUGGGAAACAGGUGGAAGAUGCAGGAACAGAGCAGAUUCUUCCCUCCAAUCCAAAGAGAUUUGAAGUGUAUCCAGAAGUGUUGUCAAAGGAGGGGUUUACAGCAGGGAAGCUUUACUAUGAGGUGCAAGUGAAGGGACAAACUCAGUGGAUUGUUGGAGUGGUGAGAGAGUCCUAUGAAAGAAAGAAGACCAUAAGUAUGUCAGUAGAAGAUGGUGGCUGGGCCAUUGAGCUUCAUGAGGGAUCAUACAGUGCAUUAACAUCACCAAUAGUUAAAAUGACACUGAAAGAAGAGCUUCAGAAGCUGGGCGUCUUUGUGGACUAUGAUCAGGGAGUGGUUUCUUUCUACGACGUGAACUCUAAAUCACAAAUACAUUCAUAUACCGGCUUCCACUUUACAGAGAAAAUGUAUCCAUACUUCUACGUUUACAAAAACAACAAUGGAACAAACUCUGCUCCUCUCAUCAUAACCCCUGUACUGCAAACAGACUGAGUUCAUUACUUCUUUAAAGACCACAGAAAGCACUGGUCUCAAAUCAGUUAACACCUCUUAUUAUCUAAAUAGCAUAUAUCUAAAUUACAUGUAUUAUCUAAAUGACUUUCAAUCCAUGGUGGAUAUGUGAAAGAAGUAAGACACUGCUUCAUCAUUAGCAUUUCCUGCCUCUCUUUACUGUAUGUGUGUAGAUGUAAACUAAUGUUGUCAGAUCCUGUUCUAUCACAAGGGUUAAGGUUAUCAAUGUCAUUUUACUUUUAAGACAUUUCACUGAUAAAAUAAGUUAAAUGCAGUCAAAUGUAACAUUCCUGCAAAAUGAUAUGUUGUUUUUGGCCACUUUAAUCGAGACAUUAUAAAUACAACUACUUCCCUGGCUAUGAUUCAUCAUAAGGAGAAUCACUAAACGGGACGUUACUGGAAAUAAAUCUGUAUAUAUUCUUAAUGUUGUUUUCUGUGAACUAAUUAUGUAGUCACAAUAUUAAAGUGAUCUUUGUGAAGCAUUUGAACAACUCUUGCUCAUUGAUGUUCUCCUAUAGAGAAAAAGGAUGAAUUUACAAGCUCUAAUUGGAGCGUCUGUAUUUCAGGGCCUGAACACAAAAGAGAGACAGCUGUUUGAAUGUGGGACAUUAAAGUAAUUCAACUAAA